AUGAACAGCGGGGCUCUGCCUCCGCUCCCCCCUCACCCCUCCGCCCCCCGGGGCCGCCGGCGGCCCCCAUCCCCGGAGCUGCUGCGCUGCAAGCGCCGCUUGGCUUUCGCCUCCCUCCCGGGCACCGGGGGGGCCGCGGCGGCCGUGGCUCGCCGCAACGAACGGGAGCGCAACCGGGUGCGCUUGGUCAACCUGGGCUUCGCCGCCCUCCGCCAGCACGUCCCCCACGGGGCCGCCAGCAAGAAGAUGAGCAAGGUGGAGACCCUGCGCUCCGCUGUCGAGUACAUCCGUGCCUUGCAGCGGCUCCUGGACGAGCACGACGCCGCCACCGCUUUCCCCGACGGCCGCCCGCCCCGGACGGGGCGGGCGGCCGUCGGGGAAAGCGGUGGCAGCAGCGGUGGUUACUCCUCCGCCUCCCCUUGCUCCUCCGAGGAGAGUGGUUACGAUGGGGAGCUCAGCCCCGAGGAGCGGGAGCUGUUGGAUUUCACCAGCUGGCUCGGGAGCUACUGA